GUUGGACCCGCUUCGCCGGUCGCAUCAGGUGUGCUCAUUAGACAGACUGCGGAUAUGACCAGCAUGGCGACUGAGAGCGGACACAAGCUGGUGAAGGUUCCGAAGCCAGAGCUGGAGAGACUGGGGAGGCACUUCACCCCUUGGGCGGAUGGGCUGCUGCGCCUGUGCCCUGGCCACUGGCUGUUCCCGGGUGCCUUUGCGGAGACUGCCGACAAGAUCUACAACUUCAAGUGGAAGGAGGAAGACGUGGUGGUGACGGGCUUCCUGAAGACGGGCACCACGUGGCUUCAAGAGAUCCUGUGGACUAUGAGGAACAACUCGAACCUCGACCACCCACUCGCCAACACGCCUAUCCUUGACCGAGUCCCGAUCAUUGACACGGAUAUGUACAUCAACCCAAAGGCCUUUCGUUUCGUAACACCGAGCCACCCACUGAAACCGAUGCUGGAUGACUUCAGGAGGAACUGUCCGGACGGGGAGGCCACGAACGGCAUUUACAUCCAGAUGGCCGGGGUGCUGCCGGAGCCCAGGACCCUUAAGACCCAUUAUCCGUUCUCUGUUCUUCAUCCGGACUUGCUUGAACACACUAAAUGUGUAUACAUCGCGAGGAACCCCAGAGAUGUGGUCGUGUCACUGCACCACAUGAGUCGCCUUUUCAAAUACAACAAUUUCACUGGCACUUUAGAGCAAUUCGUUGAUUACUUUAUUGAUGGAGACGUGGUUCAAGGACCGUACUGGCUGCACGUGAAGGAGGCCUGGGAGCGGCGCAAUCACCCCAACUUUCAUUUUAUUUUCUACGAAGAUUUAAAGUCUGACGUUAAGAAAGAACUCUGGAGACUGAACGAAUUUCUGUGUACCAACCUAACGGCGGAACAACUAGCCAAUGUUGAACGUUAUACCAGCUUUGGAGAGAUGCAGUCGAGAAACAACUUCACCGACACCAAAAGGCCAGAUAACCCUGGGGUCAAGAAAGAGGUCGAGGAAAAGGAAGGUGGUUUCUUUAGGAAAGGAGUCACCGGCAGCUGGACGAAAACUUUGACGCCAGACAUGGUGGAAAAGAUUGACAAGUGGACAAACGAGCAUUUGAGUGAGAUCCCGUUUAGAUACAAAUAAAAACGCCUUUUCUGCAAGAUGUGCACCAGCGACUGUAGCUAAAGGACGGUCACACGAGCGUGUUUUCAAUAUAUAUAUAUAUAUAUAUAUAUAUAUAUAUAUAAGGUCAAUAGCGGCUUAUUCAAACUCAAGCGAUAUGGUGGGACUUGGGGGCGAAGCCAACGAUAAAGAAGUUUUUGGGUUCACAAAGCGAUGCUUGUGGAUUCCAGAUCGGUUAAUGGUAAAAGACAAAUGUGUCAGACACCAAAGGUCAUAAAGCAUUAUGAUAAAGUAUUGUGGCGAAAAGGGUAAGGACUAGUUAACGAUUAGGAUAAAUGGACUGAAGUGGGGAUGAAGAAGAGAAGGAAAAGGAAAAGAGAAGAAAAGACCAUGCAAAAUUAGUUGAGCCGAGGGCUGAGCUCACAGGCAGGGGUCGGAGAUAACUUCAACUUUCCACUUCCCUCAUUUUCCGAGUCCGUAUAAUCUACUAUUUGGUCGUAAUUAGAAACAGCCAUUUGUAUCGUUUGGAAAUCGACCAGAAGGCGGGCAUGGCAAGAGCGUCUGUAGUCUGCUAUGAAAAUAAUACUCAACUACACAAAUAAUAAUAAUUUCGAUUGAUAUAAGUUUCAAAUAGACAAUUUUUACGCGGUUUGUUAUUGUCAUACGGUUCAUCCCGUGUGACCAGCAAGUUGGGAAGUCGCCCGCAGGGUAAAACAUCAAAUGGCGAAUCAUAUCACUGACGGGUUGCUGAAAAAGAAAACGCUCGUGUGACCGUGCCUCAAUAACACCAUAUGUGUGAUAUAUGAUUGAUUGAUAUUUGGUAAUCACAUCUGAAUAAAUAUUUCCCCUGUCGUAAGUCGUUUUAUAUACAUUGCUUCGUAAUACUCAUCUCAUAUUUAUCAACAUCUGAUAUUUCAUAGCCUUCAACUUGAAA